UCGCAAAGGCUCCUCAGAGCAAGUCUUAAUCGGAGGGCCGUUUAUUGCUAGUAUCAACUAUCGAAUAAAGAAACUCGAACGUAUAUUGAAAACGGCAAUGUUUUCUGGGGAAACUUCUGCUAACGGCCACAAGAAUAUCGAUACUCAGCCACAAAUCUCGGAAUCCACAAGCAGGCACAACUUAGAAGCAAGUUCUGUACAAAAAAAUGUGAAGGGGAAAGAAAAUACGAACCAGUCCGAAGAUCGAGAAACUAUGGAACUAAUUUCACGGGCUAGAGCUCAAGAGAAGGAAAUUAUGCAACUUAGGGAGCAAAUUGCUCUUGCGAGUAUUAGAGACUCACAGUUGUUGAAUGAGAAAUAUACACUCGAAAAGAGAUUCUCGGAGUUACGGAUGGCACUAGACGAGAAGCAGAGUGAAGUUAUAACUUCUGCAUCAAACGAGUUGGCACGAAGGAAAGGUGAUCUCGAAGUAAAUUUAAACUUGUUGAAUGAGUUAAAGGUGGCAGAGGAUGAGAAACAUAUAUUUACUACAUCUAUGCUCGGAAUAUUGGCUGAAUGUGGUGCUAUGCCUCAUGUUACGAAUGCCUCUGCUCUAACCAACAGCAUUAAGCACUUGCAUGAUCAACUGCAGUUGAAGAUAAGAACUUCGCAUGCCAGACUUGCAGAAGUAAAUUCCAUGAUCGGAAACAAUUCCCGAAAUGGUUUUGUCGAAAAAGAAAUUCCAGGUUUUAGUUCGAGGGGCGGCCAAAUUCCUAGCAGCUCUACGGGUGUGCAAGGAUUUCCUCACUAUAGCAAUUAUAUUGACGGGAAAAAUUUGGAAACCGGUGAUGACGUGGCAAGAUACGUGCAAGACAAUGACCUUCAACAAGUCAAAAGCCUUACGCGCAAUUUUGAGAUGCGACAGUUUCCGGAUAACGAGGGUUUUGGAAGGACUUUACCGCCUAAUAUUGAUAGAAAUGCCCCAAGCAAUACUAUGGACAUUAUGCUAGAAAGAAACGGGUUCCAGUCGGGAUCCGAUCGAAUAAAUGCUGAUCAAUUUUCACAGCCUCCGAUAACGAAUGACAGUGUUGGUUCUUUUGGUUCAGAAGGAGAUGGUCCUGGAAUAGAAGGCUUUCAAAUUAUCGGUGACGCUAAACCCGGAUGCAAACUCUUAGGCUGUGGAUUUCCUGUUCGUGGAACUUCUCUCUGCAUGUUUCAGUGGGUUCGUCAUUAUCCAGAUGGCACGAGGCAGUAUAUCGAAGGAGCUACGAAUCCAGAUUACAUAGUGACAGCUGACGAUGUCGAUAAACUUAUUGCUGUUGAGUGCAUACCGAUGGAUGAUCAAGGACGACAGGGUGAUAUUGUCAGAAUCUUCGCGAAUGACCAAAACAAGAUUACGUGCGAUGAAGAAAUGCAAGACGAGAUAGAUAACUAUAUCGCGAAAGGCCAGGCAGCAUUUACUGUCUUCAUUCUUUUAGAUUCGUCUGAGAAUUGGGAGCCCGCAACUUUAAUUUUGAGGAGGUCAGGCUUUCAGGUUAAGGAUGAAAGAAAACAAGAUGCCGUAAUUUCGGAGAAAUUUUCUAAAGAUUUGUUGAUUAAAAUACCGAGUGGCCUCUCGGCGCAGUUUGUCCUGACAUGUUCAAAUGGCUCGUCGUAUCCCUUUAGCACAAGCAAUGAUAUUAGAAAACGAGAUGCGCUCGUGUUGACAAUGAGAAUCUUCCAGAGCAAGGCUUUGGAUGAAAAGCGGAAGGGUAAAGCAUGAUCGUAUAUUCGUCGAAUCGUAGCUGCACUGUUUCUAUAGACAUUCUUCAUUUAUUUUUUUCUCGGAAUAGAGAAAAUACCUACAGUUUUGCUUUUUUACAGUUGAGGUCAAAAAAAAAUAGUGUGUAUCCAAUUUUCCUGAAUGUUUGGGUUGUAAGUUGUAAUAACAAUGUAAUUGUACAGUUCAUUACUUCUGAUUCAUACCAUGUAAUAUGGUGAUAUUUUGUAGAGGAUUUAUAUC